AUGAGCUCAUCAUUCGGGCGGCUCAAACAAAUUUAUUUGGGAAUAAUUCCGAUUUAUCCGCUCGGAUACGUCCUCGUUCACGGUAAUUCGCAACCGGAAAACACGAGGGAAAUGAAAAGGUUUUAGGAUUUCGAGGCGAUCAAAUUUGGGCGAAACCCUACAUGAAUCGGAGUAAUUUGGAGCCGAGCGAGCAUUUGAAAGAGCUCGUCGAGGCGGAAAUCGACAAAAUGGACGGGCUCAGAAAGGCCAAGGUUCGGCGAAAUUCUGCGGAAAAAUCGAUAAAGAUAAUUGCAGUGUACAGUGGCGCUGACGGACGAAAUGGAGCCGAAAGUGUACGGAGGACUGUUUCUGAGCAGCGGCGCCGAGCUGCAGUUUCCAUUGAGAAUGUCGCUGGACGACGUCGAAACGGCGAGGCGAAUCGGCGCCAAUUUGGAGGUGGACUUGGGACUGAGCAAGUGAGCAUUUGGAAAGAAAUAAUGUCUUAACAGAAUUCUCGCCCCAAGAAAUGUCAACUCCAAAAAGUCGGCUCAAAAGUUGCAGAGGUUUACCGAGUUUUUAAUCAAAAGCGUUUUCUUCGCAACUUUCACAGCUAAAAACAUUUAGAAUCACGAAUAACAGAUUUGAAUGACGGAAACGUGAUGUGAAAUUUGCAGACACCGUCGGAAAGUGGAAGUGAACAGCGAGACGGGCGACGAACUCAUCGCCCGACUCAUGCUCUCCGACGCCGCGAAACGGUUCCUCGUGCAGAGACAGUUGCAGAUUGCCAACAGGUUCGUUGCACUCGCACCGGGUUUUUAUUGUGCAAAUCGGCCUCACAGGGGAAAUCCGUUUGCAGAUAAUUCGCUCAAACUUGGUCAUUCGCCUUAUUUUAAUCAAAUUCUUAAGGUUGAAGCUUGAGCAGGCGGGCGAUCCGUUUCCCACUGUUUGAGAAAAAAAGGAGCGAGAGAAAUACCAUUUGCGCGGUAGAAACGAGAGACGCAGACGGUAGACAGCUAAAGGCGCAUAUCUUGAAAUUUAUUUCUAUGCGGCUCUCUCUCUCUUUUACCGCGCAAAUGGUAUUUCUCUCGCUCCCAGAUUUUUUCUUCGUUUCAAUCGGUAAUCCGCCCAGGCCUGAGCCUGAGCUUGCUUGAUUUGGCUUUGAAAAAGUGAUCUGAAAGUCCUUCUCAGGCCCGAGUUCUUUGAUUACGGCUUAAUCAGAUAACCGCUUUAAAACAAGUCGAUAAAGUACGUACUGGAACUUGGAGAAUACGCCGUUUCUGCCAAGUUUCAGCAAUUUAUUGUCAACUGACUAUCUUUGUCGUUUCUAAGAAAUUCCUAAUCAACACACAACUCUUCUUCAGCGGCGAAUACUUCUGUGCUCCGAUCUUCGCGUGGCUCGGCGUCUCCACAAUGGGAUACGGUGUCUUGAAUGGUAUUUAUAACAUUCUUAUACGUGUUUCCCUCAAUUCUUCAAUUGCAGCGGUGUCACUGGCGGCCGGUCCGUUCGUGGCCACUUUCUCCGCGCUGGCGUUCACUCUCACCGCAUUUUCUCAAUUUGCGAAACAUUUUGAGAGUUACAAGACGGAAAAGGCCGAUGAGAUCACCGUCAGAAGGUUUGGAGUUUUCAAAAAAAAGGUACACGUUAAUUAAAAAUUUGGUAAUUCAGAGGCGAUGAGUACGCGAUCGGAGGGAUCGAUUACCUGGAAUCGACAAUGAAAUUGAAUCGCUUGUACAGAAAGGUACACAAGUUUUUAUAGAAUUUCUCAAAAAAAUGUACUUGCAGGUUCUGGGCGAAGAAGGAGACCGUCGGAUAGCCCGAAACGGCGAUUUGGUCGGAGACGCCGUCACAUUGUCGGCGCGAAUUCGAGAAAUUCGAAAAAUCCGGAAAGAAAUCGCGAAAUCCGUGAAAAACGAACAGGAGCAGCACGACGAUUAA